CGGAAGCAAAUGCUUGCUAAUAGUAAAGUCAUAUGCUCAGGCGCAACAGCAAGCUUGAGAGGUUUAUCCCUCUUCAUAACGUGUCAAAUUCUUCCCAGCGCUGUUCAUCGUCGUCACCAUGAUGUUCAGCGGUGAUACUUUCAAGAAUAUUCGCGUUUACUGGCUCGCAUUCGUGGCUUACUGGGGCAUCAUUCUGUUCGGAUAUGACACCGGUAUAGCUGGAGGUGUCGUCUCCCAGCCUUACUUCGAGACCAAUUUCGGUCUAGUCAACGCCGACGGCACCAUCAACAAAAGCAAGGAUACUGAGGUCUCUUCCAAUGUUGUUUCUGUGUUGCAGGCAGGAGCAUUCUUUGGCGCUCUGGGUAGUGCACCUAUCUCGGCUUGGUUGGGGCGGAAAUUGACAUUGAUUGGUUUCACCAUCAUUUUCGCUAUUGGCGCGAUACUUACCACGGUUGCCGGUGGUAGCCGGGGUAUUGCAUACAUUUACGGCGGUCGAGUUAUCUCCGGCUUCGGCAUCGGUGGUAUCUCUGCUGUCGCGCCCGCUUAUGUCUCUGAAUGUUCGCCAAAGAAUGUCCGUGGUCGCAUCACUGGGUGUUUCCAGAUUAUGGUGGCCAUCGGUGUCAUGAUUUCAUAUUUCAUAAAUCUUGGUGUCAGCCUUCACAUGGCGGACAGCCCCAAAGUCUGGAGAAUUCCUUUUGGAUUUCAGCUUGUUCCUGCGGGUAUAAUGUGCCUGGGUCUUUUCACAGUCAAGGAGUCUCCUCGUUGGCUUGCAUCCAAAGGUUAUGCUGCGGAAGGCAUUGCCAAUCUUGCAUACUUGCGGAGGGAGACUUCUGAUUCGGAAGAAGUACGCCGUGAAUUUGCUGAAAUUGAAGCUGCUAUUCGUGAAGAACGGGAGGCUCGUAAAGGCCUUGGAUUGAAAGAAGCCUUCUUCGGGAAGGGAAACUUUGUCCGAUUCGUCAUUGCCUUCGUGAUCUUCUUAUUGCAGCAAUGGAGCGGACAAAACUCUGUUGGCUAUUAUGCACCUCAGAUCUUCAGCUCCAUCGGGUACUCAGGGACGACCAAUUCUCUUUUGGCUUCUGGAAUCUACGGUAUCGUGAAAGUCGUUGCAACAAUAAUAUUCGUGUUCUUCCUCGUCGAGAGUCUCGGUCGUAAAGCCUCAUUGUUCAUAUCCGCCAUGGGAAUGGGAAUCACGUUCUUCAUUAUCGGCGCUAUUUUGAAAACACAUCCCGUCGUCACGCCUCCGGCUGGCCAGUCUGCGCCACCUCCGGCACCGUCUUCAAAAGGCAUGGCUGCCAUGCUUUACAUCUACGUCUGCUUCUACUCUAUGGGAUGGGGUCCUCUUCCGUGGGUUUAUGUCUCUGAUAUCUUCCCCACACGGACUCGGCAUUACGGAUUGGCCGUAGGUUCUAGUUCGCAAUGGCUAUGGAACUUCGUUGUGGCGAAAGUCACCCCAACACUCGAGGUUGAUUUGGGAUACAAACUCUUCAUGAUGUUUGCUACGAUCAAUCUUGGCGGAAUGGCGGUCUUCUCCCUGCUCCUUCCCGAGACCAAGGGUCGUAGUCUAGAGGAGAUGGAUAUCAUUUUCGGCUCAGUCAGCGCAGAGUCCCGCGAAGCGUUCAUUGAACGUGCGCUCGACCACGGGGAAACAAAAUCCCAACAAUCUAUCGACCAGAAAGUAUAAUCUGCUUCACCGUGCGCGCUUGCCUAUCAACAUUGCUAUUACCUGGGAUGACCACAACUAUACUGGGAUAAGUUCAAGAUCAGUAGUAUUUAUACCGCUACUAAACUGCUUGCUGC